UGUAUUGUUUACUGCCGUUGACUUGACACUUUUAGCCAAGAUGGCGUCCUGCUGACACGGAUCUUCGCCGUUGUGUUCACAGAGUGUGUUUCAGCCGAACAGCGCUGCUCCACCAGAACUUCUGUGUUCCGAUCACCGUGUGCAACUGGACUUUAUGCUGACGUGCGUUCUGGAUGUUUCCUCUCUGACGUAUCUCCUGGUAGCCUACAAAGCUACACACGUUAGCUUAGCAUGCUAGCUGUGAACAGAGUGGCUAGUGUGUGAUGGAGAGCAGACGGUGUUUGUGACGGAGUUCGUGUGAGUCAGUGAAAAUGUCUAAAGUCCAAACGCUGAGAGUUGUUGUGAAGCAGCGACUAACUGCGGCUGCUGAAGAGAUAUUUGAGCUGUUUGAAAGAACGAUAGCAGAGUACGAGGAGGAACUGUGUCGACACCGGAAACUACUGGACGCUGUUCUGAAGCCUCAGGUCCAGUUACACAGAACAGGUUGGCCUAAUCCCAGGGCCCCACCUGAGGCCCCGCAGUCUCUGCUGACAUCACGUGAUGUCCAGAAGCUGUUGAAUAAAGAAGACCAUCCUCUUGAGCAGCAGGAGAGGAGCUCCAGUCUGGACCAGCAGGACCCACCAGAGCUGCCACACAUUAAAGAGGAACAGGAGGAACUCUGGACCCGUCAGGAGGGAGAGCAGCUUCCAGGGCUGGAGGAGGCUGAUAUCACUAAGUUCACAUUCAGUCCUGUCCCUGUGAAGAGUGAAGAAGAUGAUGAAGAGGAACCUCAGACCUCACAGCUUUACCAAAGACAAACUGAACAGAUGGAGACAGAAACUGAUGGAGAGGACUGUGGAGCACCAGAACCAGACAGGACCUCAGAUCCAGAUGGAUAUUUACAACCUAAGAUUUUUGACAAAGCUGAGGACUCAUUUGAACCUGAGCACAAUGACUUGAAAGAGACUAGACGACCUCACACAGGCUUAAAAUCUCUGAAGAAUAAUAAAGUCCUUGAGAGUGACUCAGGAUGUCUCACUGUGAAGAAACAGUUCAGCUGCUCUGAAUGUGCCAAAACAUUUUGCGGAAACGCAGCGUUGAAGAUACACAUGAGAAUUCACACUGGAGAGAAACCGUUCAGCUGCUCUCUGUGCAGUAAGAGGUUCACUCAGAAAGCCGGUCUGGACUACCACUGGAGAACUCACACAGGAGAGAAACCACACAGCUGCUCCCUCUGCGGUAAAUGCUUUUCACGGUACACAUAUUUACAGGCUCACAUGAGAACUCACACAGGAGAGAAACCCUUCAGCUGUCCGGUUUGUAAUAAAUGUUUCUCGUGGUAUCGAUAUUUACAGUUACACAUGAGGGCCCACACAGGGGAGAAACCCUACAUCUGCAGAGUUUGUGACAAAAGAUUCACCUGGUCCGCUCAACUCAAAAGACACAAGUGUGGUGUUGAGUCCUCACAGCCUCACGAACUAUGGACUGACCCGGAGAGAGAAAAGCUUCAAGCUCUGGAGGAGGCUGAUAUCACCAAGUUCACAUUCCCUCCUGUGGCUGAGAAGGAGGAAGAAGAUGAUGAAGAGAAACCUGAGUCCUCACAGCUUCAUCAAAUACAGACUGAUCAGAUGGAGACAGGAGGUGAUGGAGAGGACUGUGGUGGACCAGAACCAGACAGGACCUUAAGUAUAUCCAGCUGCACCAACGUGAAGGAAGCUGAAGGAAGUUGAACCUCGAAUUAUGGUUCAGAGACCAAAAUCUACAUUCUCAUGUUCAUAAAUAUUGUUGUCAAGGGUCAGAAGUUACACGUGUACUCACAGAGUAAUGACACAGCCAGCGCUCAUCUGCCCUAAAACACUACAUGGACAUGAAGCCUGAUGAUUUAAAAUGUGUUAAAAAGAAGAAAUGCUGACUAAUAAAUGAUAUUAAAUUAAUUUUGAUGCAUUGUUUUGCGUUUUUCUCACUAUAAUAAAGAACUCUGGCAUCACA